AGGCAGGGGCGGACUGACCAUUUGGAAACUCGGGCACUGCCCGAGGGCCCGGGGUCAGUAGGGGGCCCCAUGAGAUGCCCCUGGUACCUUUUUCAUAGGCUUUUUUGAGUUUGGGCAAGGACACAGGGGCCCCAUGAUCCCCUAUUGGCCGGGGGCCCCAUGAGUUGUCAGUCCGCCCCUGGUCGCUUUUUUGGGUGUGGUUUGAGUUUUCUCGCCAUGAAAGUCACCUCGCUGCCCUCAUUCCAACACUUUACCCCCUGUGAG